AGUCCUCCAUCCCUGUUUGUCAGCGCUGGCUCCCCAGCUCCAUAGUCUGUUGGUUAGCGCCGGCUCCUCCUCUCUCCGGCGUUGGUCCCGGCUCUCCCUCUUCUUCCACGUUGGUAGGCGCCAGCCCCCCCCCCCCGCAUCUCCCCCCAGCUUCGCGUUGGUUGGCGCCGGGCUCCCCUGUUCGCUGCAGUGGUUCGGCCGCGGCGACCCCUCAGCGGCGCGUCCCCCGCCGCGGUCCCGCUCCGCUUCUCCCCGAAGCCGCGCGCCCGCGCCUGUCGGUCGGCGGACCCGCAGCCCCCCGUGAGGCCCACGGCCUCCCACCCGCCAUGGUCCGCCCGCGCCGUGCCCCGCACCGCUCCGGCGCCGGGGGCCCCCUCGGAGGUCGUGGCCGGCCACCGCGGCCCCUGGUCGUCCGCGCCGUGCGCUCACGUUCCUGGCCUGGCGGUCCUCGAGGCCCGCAGCCACCGCGGAUCCGGGCUCGUUCGGCCCCUCCCAUGGAGGGUGCUCGAGUCUUUGGAGCCCUGGGGCCUAUCGGGCCCUCUUCACCUGGGCUGACUCUUGGGGGCCUCGCAGUGAACGAGCACCGGCUCAGCAACAAACUGCUGGCCUGGAGUGGCGUGCUGGAGUGGCAGGAGAAGCGUAGACCCUUCUCGGACUCCACAGCCAAGCUGAAACGCACCCUGCCCUGCCAGGCCUAUGUGAACCAGGGCGAGAACCUGGAGACGGACCAGUGGCCCCAGAAGUUGAUCAUGCAGCUCAUCCCACAGCAGCUGCUGACCACACUGGGUCCCCUGUUCCGAAACUCUCAGCUGGCCCAGUUCCACUUCACCAACAGAGACUGUGACUCCCUCAAGGGCCUCUGCCGCAUCAUGGGCAAUGGCUUCGCAGGCUGCAUGCUCUUCCCCCACAUUUCUCCUUGCGAGGUGCGCGUGCUCAUGCUCCUGUACUCAUCUAAGAAGAAGAUCUUCAUGGGCCUCAUCCCCUACGACCAGAGUGGCUUCGUCAACGCCAUACGACAGGUCAUCACCACCCGCAAACAGGCCGUGGGCCCUGGGGGUGUACACUCUGGACCUGUUCAGAUUGUCAACAACAAAUUCUUGGCAUGGAGUGGUGUCAUGGAGUGGCAGGAGCCUAGGCCUGAGCCCAACAGCCGGUCCAAGAGGUGGCUGCCAUCCCACGUCUAUGUGAACCAAGGGGAGAUCUUGAGAACAGACCAGUGGCCUCGGAGGCUCUUCAUGCAGCUCAUUCCGCAGCAGCUGCUGACCACCCUCGUGCCACUGUUCCGGAAUUCACGCCUGGUACAGUUCCACUUCACUAAGGACAUGGAGACUCUGAAGAGCCUUUGCCGGAUCAUGGACAAUGGCUUCGCGGGCUGCGUGCACUUCUCCUACAAGGCGUCGUGCGAGGUGCGUGUGCUCAUGCUCCUGUACUCCUCGGAGAAGAAGAUCUUCAUCGGCCUCAUCCCGCACGACCAGAGCAACUUUGUCAACGGCAUCCGUCGCGUCAUCGCCAACCAGCAGCAGGUCCUGCAGCGAAGCCUGGAGCAGGAGCAGCAGCAGCGAGGGAUGGGUGGCUAGUGGAUGCCUGGGCUGGGCGGGCCACAGUCCCAGACGAGGCCCCAGUGGAGACUGGUGAGCAGCACUGCGUCCGUGGGAAGCAGCAGGGUGGCCCUGGCCUGAGAGAGACCUGCUGCAUGCAUCACUGCCUCCUGCUACCAAUAUCCCUGGGGAGGAAUGGGUGCCAGGGCCACAGCUUAAUACUGGGGAGUAGGGUGCAGUUUCACUAGUAGAAGCCACCCCUCCUCCUGCCUCCUAGGUCAGCUGCUUCUGAGCAGGGGCUCCUGGCGACUGUACCUGCCCAGCAACCUGGAGGACAGCGUCCUGAGGUCUCCCAAGGAUGGUCCUUGCCCCUGUAUGUUUCCCUAAUAAAGCCUUUUAACCCACA